CUCGGUGCGCGGCUGAGCUCCAAGGGGCUUUGGCCCUGGCGAGCUGGACCUGAACUGUGGGGCGGCGCCAGCGGCUGUCGCGAUGUGACCGCGCCCCACCGCGCAGGGCUCACCCUCGGAACUCACCCUGGUUCUGGCUGCGCACCCUCUUUGCGGCCGAGAGUCACUUCCCCACCUCUCCCACCACUCCCACCCCCCCAACCCCGGCGUCAGCGCGUGGGCGGGCGGUGGAGGCGGAGCCCGCGGUCCCAGGACUGGCGUUUGGCUGGUUCUGCUUUCUUUUCGUUUUCCUGUCUGUGGAGCUCAGGUGUGAAGUGACCGCCGGCGUAGGACCCGGCGCUCAGAGAGAAUGAGCUUUGCUUUUCCAGUGAGGUCUUAACCUCGCUCACGGGAGUUUGAGGUCUCCAUCAGCCGCAGUUUCCGGAACUAGUUGGGGUUUAUGUUAUUUUUGCGGUCGGUGUAAGAUGUUGGCAUUUAUAUUGGCCCCUGCGCGAGUUUUUUGCUGGCAACUUAAAUGACUUAUUUUUCCUUAGACACACUGUCUUCCCCCUCAGGGGCUCAUAUCGUUAUUUUCCAUGACCGAUCUUGACGACAAUAUUUGCAAAAAAUAUAUAAAGAUGAUAACUAAUAUAGUUAUAUUGAGCCUGAUCAUUUGCAUUUCUUUAGCUUUCUGGAUUAUGUCUAUGACUGCAAGCACCUAUUAUGGUAAUUUACAGCCUAUUUCUCCUUGGCGUUGGCUGUUUUCUGUUGUUGUUCCUGUUUUGAUCGUCUCUAAUGGCUUUAAAAAGAAAAGUCUAGACCACAGUGGGGCUUUAGGAGGGCUUGUGGUUGGAUUUAUCCUAACCAUUGCAAAUUUCAGCUUUUUUACCUCUUUGCUGAUGUUUUUCCUUUCUUCUUCAAAACUCACUAAAUGGAAGGGAGAAAUAAAGAAGCGUCUAGAUUCAGAAUACAAAGAAGGCGGGCAGAGGAAUUGGGUUCAGGUGUUCUGUAAUGGAGCUGUGCCUACAGAGCUGGCCCUGUUGUACAUGAUAGAAAAUGGCCCCGGCGAAAUCCCAGUAGAUUUUUCCAAGCAGUACACUGCUUCCUGGAUGUGUUUGUCUCUCCUGGCUGCACUGGCCUGCUCUGCUGGAGACACGUGGGCUUCAGAAGUUGGCCCCGUUCUGAGUAAAAGCCCGCCAAGGCUAAUAACAACCUGGGAAAAAGUUCCAGUUGGGACCAAUGGGGGGGUCACAAUGGUGGGCCUUGCCUCCAGUCUACUUGGUGGUACCUCUGUGGGCAUCACGUACUUCCUCACACAGUUGGUUUUUGUUAAUGAUUUAGACAUUUCUGCUCCCCAGUGGCCAAUUAUUGCAUUUGGGGGUCUGGCUGGAUUACUGGGAUCAGUUGUAGACUCAUAUUUAGGAGCUACAAUGCAAUUUACUGGUUUAGAUGAAAGAACUGGCAUGGUGGUCAGCAGCCCGGCGAAUGAGGUGAAGCACAUAGCAGGAGAACCGAUUCUUGAUAACAACGCAGUGAAUCUGUUUUCUUCUGCCCUCAUUGCUCUCUUACUUCCAACUGCUGCUUGGGGCUUUUGGCCCAGGGAGUGAACUUUUUUCAUUUACAAAGGUUGAAACUGCAGUAAAUUUAGCUAAUUUUGCAAUUCCAAAUUUCAUCCUAAGAAGAAUCAUUGUAAUUGGCAAAGAGGAAAUACCAGCUCUUUCCCUAUUCAUUGUAAUGAAAUUCCACAUUGUUCCUCUCACUAAAUCCCUUGUAACAGCUAACGUCUUUGUAGUGAAAGGGAAGUGUACAUAGAAUUUAUUCGUAUUUUUCUUCUGCUGAAUAGAGCUUCGUGAGCAAUGAAGCCAUACUAUCCCUAAAUAUUGCUGUAUGUUGGACUAAAAGUGUAAUACCACUUGUGCCAGUUACUGAAAUUUUAGUUUUGGGUGGUUUAAACUGAUGUGUGUGGAAGCCUGAAUAAGUGUAGUCCUCACUUCUUCCAUUACUUGCCAUUUCCACUUGUGAAAAGUAUGGCGUAUGGUUCUUAGUGAGCUACUCCACAUGUGUUCUUCCUUCCUCAGGGUUAGUAAUGAAAAAAAAGUAAAUGUCUUUUUCAUAUGACCAUUAGACUUCAUGAAAAAAAUAUUUUUAAGUAAAAACAAGAGAUUUCUAUCGAAAAAAUGUGCACCUUAUAUUUCAGUUGAUUUUUGAGCAGAAAUUAUCUUGAAUUUAAUAUUUUUUAAUGUAUUUUCUAGCUUUCUUUGAAAUUUGUGUAGGAAUCUGUUUUACUUUGGCACCCUGAACAGUUAGUCACUGGAAAACUAUUGUAAUUAUUUCUUUGUUUGCUACCUAGAAUUCAUUGGAAGAUGCUGAUUUCCUAUUCUGUGCUUAAGUUAUGCUCUCCUGUAAAAUAUAGACUCAACUAAAAUGAAUUCUACUUUUCUGUUUGUUCUUCAGUGUGAUUUAUUGUAUGCUAAAGGAGUUUGAUAUGGUAUGGAUUAUUUUGCUGAAAGUAUUUAAAAAUACUUCUCAUGUGAUUUCCAUAUAUUCCCUCCCCUUCUUUUGAAUUUAAAUUUAAAUUGAAGAGAGAUUCCAUGAAUAAGCCACCAUUAUUAGAGUGGAUAAAGCUUAGACUUCUUUACUGGUGACUCUACUACAGUGAUAAUUGAGAACUGAGUUGAUUCUGGAAAAAAGAAAAACAAAAAAACAGUUGACACCCUUAAUCCUUAAUCCAAGCAACAGAGGGAGUCUCUAUCAUUGGUUUUCGCCUUUGGUUAUACAUUGGAAUCACCUGAGCAUCUUUUAAAAGAAAUACUUGUGUCUGGGCUUCACUUUCAAGGAUUCCAAUUUACCUGUUCUGGGGUAGAGCCUGGGUAUUAGGACUUUUUAAGAGCUCUUGCUGCACGUGAGAAUUAUAUAGGGCAUUUUUUGGUUUUUCAAGAUUUUUUUUUUUUAAGUAAUCUCUACAGCGAAUAUGGGGCCCAAAUUUACAACCCCAAGAUCAAGAGUUGCAUGCUCUACCAACUGAGCCAGCCAGGGGUAGGCCAUUUUUAAAAACACGUGCCAAGGCCCCUCUCUAGACCAAGUAAAUCAGAAUAUCUGAAGGUGAGGCUCAUGCAUAGGGUAUUUAUAGAAAGCUCUCUAGGAGAUUCUAAUUUUAAACAGAACUAAGUCAGAAUGUCCUAAAGCACAAUACAUAAAAGAAGCUUCAAAAGAGUAGGACUUCAUUUUUAUGCAGACAACUAUUAGUAGCAGUGCUGUAUGCUGUCUUUAUGCAAUAAUAGUUUCUAGUAAUUAUACCGUGUCUUAUAGUUACAUCACUUACUAUAUCAUUCCUGUGUCAGUUUUUGAUGCAGCCUGUUUAUUCCUAUAGCUGUUCCAACAUGCCUUUUCUCUUUUCCUGGUGACCCAUCCUCAUGACAUACCAUGGGAUAAAAAUAUUUAUUGCAACCAUCUUUGGGUUUGAUAGUAUCUCCGUAUCAUUAACAGGUUAGGGAAAUACUGCUUGACAAGCCUUUAUUUGAAAACCUAGGGCUAGUUGUGUUUUAAAAUCAAAAUUUUCAGAUUUUAGAAAACUAAAUAGAGUACAUAUAUUUUACUCAAACUCUCAAAAGAGUCUUAAGAUAGCAACCAUUCUUAAAUACACUAAUAUUUCUAUGGUGAAUGUAUGAAUAGCACCACUAAGUGUGGUAACUGAAGACUAUAAAGAGCCUCAGGUCAGGUCAGUUUUGUCAGCAAAUUUAGGAAGAAACUUUUUGUUUUCAGAGCAUUUUUUGGAUAUGAGAAUUAUAGGUAAGGAAUUGUGGCUCUUUUUGCUUUAAUCUUAGCUGUACUUUAUUAUAACAUCCUUUGUAAUUGGAUAUUUAACUAGUUCCAUCUGUUCUUCCUCUUUACUGAGUGAACAAUUUAUUUUAAAAACACUUUCAUAGAAUUCCAUCUAACAGUAUAAUAAAACAGUAUGUACUGCCUACCUAGGCAGCCUAAAGGUGUACAUACCAUUUCUUAAAACAGUUAUGCAAUAGAGGAGAGGAAGGUGUAUGUGGCUCAAGGCUUUUGAAGCUUUUGAAAGAGAUCUGAAGACUUAAAGGAGUGGCAUUUGAGGACUCAUCAAUUGGAGGUACCAGGAGAACAAUGAAUUGAUACAAUUGGUCAUUCCAUUCUUAGUUUUUCUCAUUACUUGGGUUAUGUAUGCCUCAACCAAGGUGCAUAUAUCUCUUUCUUGUUUCUAACUCCUAUGUAUGUAGGAUGCUGCCUUCAGAAAUGCCAACCCCAUCCCAAUUAGAUAAAGACCUAUUAUAGAGAAAAAUCAUGCAAGGUGAGAUAUCAUAAACUUUGCCUAUGCCUGUAGUGUUAACAGUUGCUCCCUGUUAUACACAGUUGGUAUUUUGGAGCCCAAUCAUCUGAUGUCCCUGGUGUUUCAUCUGCUGUUCUGAUGUCACCAAAUGAGAAAAAAAGUGUUGUAGCCAUCAAAUUUCAGGUGAACUGUACAUGCUUUAAAGAUGAAAACACAAUUAUGAGUUAAAUGAUUUAAUCUCCUAAUGGAGUAUCUGUUGCUGUAAUUCCAAAUGGUCCUGAAUAUUUUAAAAAUAUAUAGAUGUUCAAUAUAUGUUUGUUAAAUUAAGUUGUUUGUAAUUAGUGUUUCCUUUAAGAGUCACUGAAAGUUGAUAAUCAGAACAUUUUUCUGGAGGAAAAUCAAAAAUAAAACUAGUCUGGCUACCUGAA